UGGAGUUGUAAUAAUGCAAUGCCUUUUGUUUGAAAGAACAGAUUGGCGCUCAUUCUCUCCCUCUCUUUGCCAUGUCACAUCUCCUCCCCAAACCCCCCCACCGCACUCUCUCACUCUCUCCGAGCCCCAACUCCCAACUGAGAGAAAGGAGUGUGUAAGAGGAGGACAAUGGCUGAGCAAAAGCAGCGCGUGCACACCACUCCUGCUAUGAAAAAGAGGCGGGUGGCUACGGCAGCUGAGGACCAGCCCGCUCACAUGAAUCGGGUGGUGUUGGGGGAGCUCCCGAACAUGUCGAACGUUGUCGCAUCAGUGGAUCCGAAUACCAGGGUGAAAUGUAAAUCGAAGGCGAUGGACAAGAACAAGGGACUGGCAACAACCUCAGCAAAGACAACAGAGGUGAUUGAUGGGAAGUCGGAUAAUCCGCAACCGCGUCGAGCUUAUCAUGCUUUUGACAAUUAUGAGUAUCUUCGCAAAAUUGAGAUGGAGCCAAAGAGAAGGCCGUUACCUGACUACUUAGAGAAGGUUCAGGAGGGUGUGACUGCUUAUAUGAGAGGAAUAUUGGUGGAUUGGUUGGUUGAGAUUGCAGUGGCAAGGAAGCUUCUUCCACACACUCUGCAUCUUUCCAUUUCAUACGUUGAUAGAUUCCUUUCCUUGAAUGCUGUCAAUAAGCAGAAACUUCAACUGCUGGGAGUUUCUUCAAUGCUCAUUGCCUCGAAGUAUGAAGAGAUUAGUCCUCCAAAGGUGAAGGAUUUUUGUGAGAUUAGCCCUCCGAAGGUGAAGGAUUUUUGUGAGAUAUCAAAUAAUAUAUUAACUAAAAAGGAGGUGGUGGAGAUGGAAGUUGAUAUUCUCAACUCCCUCAAGUUUGAGAUGGGCAAUCCUACUACAAACACAUUUCUAAGAAGCUUCACUCGUGUUGCUCAAGAGAAUUGCAAAACUCCCAAUUUGAAGUUGGAGUUCCUGGGCUGUUAUCUGGCAGAGUUGAGCUUGUUGGAUUACGAGUGUCUGCAAUUUGUACCUUCCUUGGUGGCUGCAUCAGUCAUUUUUCUUGCAAAAUUCAUGAUCCAACCCAAGAUGCAUCCUUGGUGCCCUACAUUGCAAAAAUAUUCUAGAUAUAAAGCAGGUGAUUUAAAGGAAUGUGUUCUUAUCAUACAUGACUUGUAUCUUGGUAGAAGAGGAGGUUCUUUUCAAGCUAUAAGUAAGAAAUACAAGAAGCAUGAGUUCAAAUGUGUGGCAACCAUGCCUUCUCCAGAAAUACCAACUUCUUACUUUGAAGAUGUAUAAGAAUGACAGAUUGGACUUGGGUUUAAUUAUGGAUAUCCUAUUAGUAAAAGAUUUGGGUGUGGGAUGGAAAUGGUUAACUGCACUGGCUAAUGUUGAUUGAUGGAUGGGUCCUGUGGGAGUAUAUUACUUCUCAUGAAGACAGACAACGUGGUUGCAGUGGUACCAGGUUUUGGGAUGGCUAAAUUUCUGGUGGAGAGGAUGGGCCACAUUCUAAAUGGUUAAGCCUUUGGUUGAUUAUAUGAAAAGUGUUAUGAUAAUACAAGACGAGGAAUAUGUCAUGUCGACAAUUACCUAUUUUAAUUAAGAGUUUGAGUAUGUAGCACUAGGUGCAGUGUUUUAUGGCAAUAAGUCUCUAUUGCCUUAGUUAUUUAAAAGUAUGGGUUUAUAGUUUAUCUCAUAAUAAUGUUAGUAGGUUAUCUUCAAGCAAUUGUUGGAGUUUAUCU